CCCUGUGCUCCCAAACCAUCAGUAGUCUUCCAUACUCCAUCUCCACGACAACGUGCAUCCACAGCUAGCAGGAGCUUGUUCACUGUUUUUAGAGAGAGAGAGAGAGAGAGAGAGAGAGAGAGAGAGAGAGAUCAAAUCAAUAGUAUAAUGGAGCGUGUGAUGCAGCUGGCGUCGGAGCGUGCGGUGGUGGUGUUCACGCUGAGCAGCUGCUGCAUGUGCCACUCGGUGACGCAGCUUUUGGUGGCGGACCUGAGCGUGAACGCGCUGGUGCACGAGCUAGACAGAGACCCCAGGGGCAAGGACAUGGAGCGCGCCCUGCUCAAGAUGCUCGGCGGCGGCAGGGGCUCCGCCGCCGUCCCCGCCGUCUUCAUCGGCGGCAAGCUCGUCGGCGGCACCAACAGCGUCAUGUCGCUCCACCUCGCCGGCGAGCUCGUGCCCAUGCUCAUGAACGCUGGCGCGCUCUGGGUCUAGCUAGACACCAGAUCCAGCACGCGUAAUACGUGCAUUGCUGGCCAUGCAUGCAUAUAUAUACGCUGCGUACGUACGUGCGUCGAUCGGUGCGUGAGAAAAUAAAACAGAUCUAUAUCAUAUCGAAGAGUAUACCAGGAUGCAUGAUGGUUAAUUAAUUAGUAGUGUCAAGGGCAGGUUUUUCCCGGACGUCCUGUUCUUCUGAUCAUCGAGUUGACAGCAAUAAUUAAGGCAAAAAUAACUUUCUGCGA